CUACCACACGCCUACCCCUCCAACGCCUCUACCACACCGCUACUCCUCCAAUGCCUCUACCACACCCCUACCCCUCCUACCUCCAACGUCUGCUACCACAUCCCCUACCCCUCCAACGCCUCUAGCCCAACCCUACCCCCUCCAACGCCUCUACCACAAACCGCUACGCCCUCCAACGUCCUG